AUGCCCUUCCAGCCGCACUGCCCCUCACUCCCAACCCACAGGCCCCUCCCCCCCAUCCCUGCUGGGGCCCUUCCCCCCCCCGACCCGCCGCCCCCUGCCAGCCCCCCUCACGCUGUCUGGCCCCCCAGGCAGAUCGUGAAGUCUCUGAACGCCAAGGACAUCGGGAUGAAGAUCUUUGAGGAUUUUGCCAGCAGUUGGUACUGGAUUCUCAUCGGGCUGCUGAUCGCCAUGGCGCUGAGUCUGCUGUUCCUGCUGCUGCUGCGGCUGGUGGCCGGGGUGCUGGUCUGGGUGCUGAUCCUCGGGGUGCUGGCCGUCACCGCCUACGGGAUCUACCACUGCUGGCGGGAGUACAGCACCUUGCGCGCGGCCGGCGCGACCAUCAGCAACGUCGGCUUCACCACCAACCUGAGCGUCUACUCCAAUGUGCAGGAGACGUGGCUGGCAGCCCUGAUAAUCCUGGCUGUGGUGGAAGGCGUCCUCCUCCUCCUCCUCAUCUUCCUCCGCAAACGCAUCCUCAUCGCCAUUGCGCUCAUCCAGGAGUCUAGCCGGGCCAUCGGCUACAUGAUGUCCACCCUGUUCUACCCACUGGUCACUUUCCUCCUGCUCCUCAUCUGUGUGGCCUAUUGGGCCAUGACGGCUCUCUAUCUGGCCACGUCCGGGACUCCCUUGUAUCGUGUCACCAGCGGCAAUUCCAGCGACCCCAGGUGCUUUGGGAUCUCUGGCAACGACACCUGUAACCCCAUGACGUUCAACGCCUCCCGCUACCUGCCCUGCCCGGCCGCGGGCUGCACCUUCUACAAGUACAACGACGAGGGGCUCUACCAGCGCAACCUCUUCAACCUGCAGCUCUACAACGUGGUGGGGCUGCUGUGGGCGGCCAACUUCGCGCUGGCGCUGGGGCAGUGCGUGCUGGCCGGCGCCUUCGCCUCCUACUACUGGGCGCGGGACAAGCCCCGCGACAUCCCCGCCUGCGCCGUGGGCAGCGCCUUCCUGCGCACGCUGCGGUACCACACGGGGUCGCUGGCUUUCGGGGCCCUCAUCCUCACCAUCGUCCAGCUGAUACGCAUCCUCCUGGAAUACCUGGACCACAAACUCAAAGGAGCCCAGAACCCCUUCACACGCUGCCUGCUUUGCUGUCUCAAGUGCUGCUUCUGGUGCCUGGAGAAAUUCAUCAAAUUCCUCAACAGGAACGCCUACAUCAUGAUUGCGAUCUAUGGGAAGAACUUCUGCACCUCUGCCAAGAAUGCCUUCAAACUGCUCAUGCGGAACAUCCUCAGGGUGGUGGUGCUGGAUAAGGUGACUGACCUGCUGUUGCUCUUUGGGAAGCUGCUGGUGGUGGGGGGCGUCGGGGUCCUUGGGUUCUUCUUCUUCUCGGGCCAGAUCAAGAUCUCCGACCCCCGGUUCAGCUCGCCCUCCCUCAACUACUACUGGCUGCCCAUCCUGACGGUGGUGGUGGGCGCCUACCUGAUCGCCCAGGGCUUCUUCAGCGUCUACAGCAUGUGUGUGGACACCCUCUUCCUCUGCUUCCUGGAGGACCUGGAGCGGAACGACGGCUCGGUGGAGAAGCCGUACUACAUGUCGACCUCCCUCAUGAAGAUCCUCAACAAGAAGAACAAGAAGGCGGAGACGAAAUAGCCCCCGCCAAGUGCGGGGUGCUGCCCCUCCCCCGCCACUCCAUUUCCUGUGGGGGAGCCCCCUUCGCCCCCCUGCCCCGUGGCCAUCUUGCAUUGCAGGUCCCUUCCCCUCAUGGGCAUUACUUCCUGUCGGCCAUAUUGUAGCAUGGGCCCGCUCCCAUCCCCACCAUUGCCAACCUUCCCCUCGCGGCAUCACUUCCUGUCGGCCAUAUCGUAGCGUAGGCCUGCGCCCUCUCCCACCAUUGCCAACCUUCCCCUCGAUGACGUCACUUCCUGUUGGCCAUAUUGUAGUGUGGGCCUGCUACUUAAGUGACUGCAGCCAAGCUCCCUCACAUUAGCUCCACUUCCUGUUGGCCCUUUGACUCGGGGCGGCCCGCGCCAUAGUCCAGGCUGCCGCCUCUCCAGCCUGGUUCCUCCAUGUUGUCGUGCGCCAUCCGCCCCAUUUCACGCUGCUGUCGGCCAUCUUACUUUUCCAACCCCUGCCCCCUCAUCUUCCUGUCUCGGCCCAGGUCAGGUCCUGUCCGCCCACAGCCCACCCUUGAUCCUGCUAAUGGCCACCUUCCUUUCAGUCCCUGUGUCACUUCCUGUCCAUGGCCAAUCCAGGCCAUGCCACAUGCUGUAGGAAUUACCAUAAUCAAAAGGCAUCUCCCCUUUAUGCCCCCCCCAAUACUCCUCCCCAGCCCUUCCCCCCCCAGCGGCUUAGCCAAGGAAAUGCUGUAUAUAGGACCUCUCCGGUUGUCUCGCUAGAGACGAAGGGCAUUAUGUAGGAAGGAGAUUUUAUUAAAGAUGAUUUAUUGAUUAA